CACAAUUUCUCUACUUUUAUACUUGCAUCCACUUUGUUGCUUCAGAUGACAGCUUUAUCUCAAUAUACAAGUAUAUUCUACUUAACUAUACUAAGUACUUAUACAAUAGUACUAUAGUAAGAGUAAUAGUAAUAGUAUAGUAAUAGUAAUAGUAUAGUAAUAUUAAUAUAGUACUAUAGUAAUGUAUUACUUCCAUUGCAUACUAUAACACAAUAUUAUACUAUGGUACUAUUCUAUUAUAUACAAUUUAAUAUACUAUAGAACAUUAAUUACAUAAUUAUGCUCCCACAUGUAUGAGGGUUGCACGCUCCUGGUAGCGCGCGACGAGCAUCACAAAAUUCUUACCGGCUAAGCCCGUGAUGAUCUGAAACAGCAAUUGUCCAUCAUAUAUCAAUGAAUUAACGCCUAAUUGACAUAAAUGCUAGUCUAAUUACUCAGUAGUACUCACCCGAUGUCUCACACUAACAAUUCAAUUCCAAGUGUUGAAAAAAAAUUCGGACUCUAUGUUAAGAUCAGUCCUAAUCGAGCUGCUGAUUUAGUGAUAAAACUGAAUCAUGAUGAUGGUGAUGGAUUAUCACGAAAGAGUAUCAAUCCUUUAUUGGUGGUAAGUUUAAAUAAGUGUCAAAAAAAAACUUCGCGAAAAUUGGCUACUAGUCAACCGAGUUGGCAUAAUGAGCUUGAGAUCCCCUUAAUUUUCAAUGAUUAUUCUCAAGUGCUAAUAUUAACAGUAUGGGAUAAACAUUCAAAGUAUAAGAAUUAUUUAGGAGAAGUUAGAAUAUCAUUAAGAGAUUUAUUUUAUGAUAAUUCUCAAUUUAGUACUAAAUCCGAAUUAAAAUGGUAUAAAAUGUAUUCAAAUAUGAAUAAUCAUAGUUAUGUUACUGGAUCAUUACUUGUUUCAUUUGAAUUAAUAGUUAAGAAAAAGAAACUUAAAAGGAAAGAUAAGAAGUUAGAUAAUUUAGUUGAAAGUAUAAAAAAUGUAUCAUUAAUUGAUCCUCAUACUGAUGAAAUAAAUUUAUUAUUUGAUAGAUGGUAUAAAUCCCUUGUUAGACCUCGAAUUGAUGUUCAACCUGAUGAUCAAGGUUUCUAUAAUGAUAUUGAUGAUAUAUCUAAUGAUAUGUCUGAUAUAGAAUCUAUAGAAACUACUCGUACUGAUAUUAUAAAUGAGUUACCAUUAAAGAAAAAUUCAAGUUCACUAAGUUUAUCAAGUAAUCAACAUUUAUAUAAUUUAUCCGAUGAUAUAAGUUCAUUAUCUGAUGCAUCAAUUAUAUCAUCUGAUGGAUUAUUUACUGGUGAAUCAGAUUUAGCUAAUAAACGUGAUAAGAAAUCAUUACUUCAACGAGCUAAACGUAAGAAAAGAUUAUUAGAAAAUUGGGAUAAAUUUCAAUUAAGUAAUAGACAAGUAUUGGGAGUUAUCUUUAUUGAAAUUAUUUCUUGUAAAGAUCUUCCUCCCCUUAAGAAUUUAACUAGAACAUCAUUUGAUGUAGAUCCAUUUGUAGUGGUAACUUUUGGGAAAAAGACAUUUAGAACGGCUUGGAAACGUCAUAAUUUAAAUCCAAUAUUUAAUGAAAGACUUGCAUUUGAAAUAGAAGCUCAUGAGAAGAAUUUUGAUAUUCAAUUUUCAGUAUUAGAUAUGGAUAGAUUAAAAUUUCAUGAUAAACUUGCAAGUGUUACAUUACCUAUGUCAGAUAUUACUGGGAAAGCUACAGCUAUGUAUUCAGAAGAUCUGCAAGUUUCAUACUUAAAGUCAGACGAAAAUUUACCAGAAGAUAGUGGAUUUUCUGAUAAUGGUUAUAUUCUGCAAAAUUCUGUUAUUAAGAUAAUUGAUGAUGAAAAUAAUAAUACCAAUGAUGUUAAUCAAAUCCCUUCAGUAAAGAAGAAAAAGAAGAAGUUCCCUCAUAAACCAAAAGUUAAUUCAAACAAUAAUCAUAGUCACAAAGAUUUGUCUAUGUUCAAAUCAAUGAAUCUUUCAUUAAAUCUUGAUAAUAAGAAGUAUGAAGGUAUACACAAACCAGAAUUACUUAUUCGGGUAAGAUUUGAGACAUAUGACCAUUUACGUCGAAAAUUUUGGAGAACUCUUCUUGAACAAUAUCAACUUAAUGAAAAGGAGAAUUGUUAUGAUUAUUUUGAACUUAUUUCUUUAUUGGAUACUCUUGGAUCACCCAAUAGUGAUGAACUUGUAGUAUCAUUCUAUGAAAAAUUAGGUAAACUGGCAUGGGGUGGAGAUCUUUUAACUCAUAAUGAAAUAAUUGAUUCAUUAGAAGAUUUUAUUAAAGAGAAAGGAGAAUUUAAAUUAUUUGAAUUUGAUAAUUGUCCUCUUUGUUUAAAGAAACGAUUAUCAAAAAAGGAUGAUAUGGAUAUUAUUACUCAUGUGGCUAUAUGCGCCUCUAAAGAUUGGAGUAUUGUUAAUAAAUUAGUAGUAUCUUCAUAUGUUAGUCCACAAAUAGCUACCAAGAAAUGGUUCUCAAAAGUUUUAAUUAAAUUAGCAUAUGGUAAAUAUGCUUUAGGAGGUAAUUCAGCUAAUAUUUUAGUUCAAGAUAGAUUAACUGGGAUAAUAAUGGAAGAGAAAAUGGGUGUAUAUGUUAGAUUGGGUAUUAGAUUACUUUAUAAAGGAUUAGAUCAAGCGAAAUCUAAAAGAGUUCGAUCUUUAUUAAGAAAGUUAAGUAUUAAGCAAGGUUCAAAAUUUGAUAUGCCAAGUCUGGUUAAUGAUAUUGGAUCCUUUAUAAAAUUUCAUAAAUUAGAUUUAUCAGAUUGUCUUGAAAAGAAUCCUGCUAAUUUCAAAUCAUUCAAUGAUUUCUUUUAUAGAAAGCUUAAACCAGGUGCUAGACCUCUUGAAUCUCCUUCAAACAAUAAAAUAGCCACUUCACCAGCUGAUUGUCGUUGUACAGCUUUUACAACUGUAACAUCAGCCACUGAAUUAUGGAUUAAAGGUAAAUCAUUCACGGUUGCCAAAUUAUUCAAUGGGAAUUUUGAAGGUCUCGAGACAUCUGAUUUUUAUAAAGCAGAUAAAUGUACUUUAGGGAUCUUUAGAUUAGCACCCCAGGAUUAUCAUAGAUUUCAUUCUCCUGUUGAUGGUGUUAUAAAGAGUAUUAAAUAUAUUGAAGGAGAAUAUUAUACAGUAAAUCCUAUGGCUAUUCGAUCCGAAUUAGAUGUAUUUGGAGAGAAUAUUCGAAGUCUUAUUGCUAUAGAAACUGAACAUUUUGGAACCGUAGUAAUGGUUGCUGUAGGAGCCAUGAUGGUAGGAUCUACAGUAUUAACAAAAAAUGUAGGAGAUAAAAUAAGUAGAGGUGAAGAAGUGGGAUACUUUAAGUUUGGAGGAUCUACUAUAUUAUUAUUAUUUGAAAAGAGAUUGUUUUCAUUUGAUAGUGAUUUAAUUAAUAAUUCCAAAUCAUGUGUAGAAACAUUGAUUAGAGUUGGACAAAGUAUUGGACAUAGUUCAGAUACUCCUGAAUAUGAACGUCAUCGGAUAGAUUUCCAUAAACAAAGUGAAGAAUUUAAAUUAAAACUUAUAAGAGUUCUUACUGGAGGAGAUAUCGGUACCACCAAUGAGUAUAGUAAUUGGGAGAGUAGUAAUAUCAAAAUAACGGAUGAUGAUGUAGAGCUGCUUAGUCGUAACUACGAAUCACAAGACGAAGAUUUCGACUUGGAAGGUGAUUCAUUUGAUGAGGAGGGUCUGGUAAAUAGUGAUGAGUAUUGAAUAUUAUAUAAAUACAUAGACAAUAUAAAUAUAUACAAGGAAGGA